AAAACGUCACCAAUAUAAUUUAUGUAAUAUGUAAUACAACCGAGUCGCAUAAAUUAGACAAUAAAGUCAUUAAGGAUAAGUGGAUGGCAUUUCUAGUUGAGCGCUGAGUCACAUUAUUUUUGUGGCCAGGAAGGGGAACUUCGGCUACGACGCCAGCGCAGUGCCGAAAGCUCUUUUUGUUAUUGAAACGCCAACCAAAGUCAAAAAAGUCGAAAAAGACAAGCAAAUGAGAAGUGGCAGGAAAACAACAAAGAGUUUCUGUUUGUAAGCCGUUAAAAAAAUAACGAAAAAAGAAGUUGGCCCGCUCCGAACUAAUUGCCCGAAAUGGGCUAGAUGGGAAAAAACAAACACGCUGGCGGGAGCGAGAUAAAAACACCGGGGCAAACCGGCCCGAGCAUUCAGUUCUCCGUCGGACGACAGAAGCGGCGGACGCGGACCAUUAUUUCUGCUCGAUUUUCAUCCCAACCGUGGCUCCGUUCACAUCGCAUCUAGCAAAUAGAACGCGAAAAUCCCGACUGAGCGUUAAUUUUUGCAUACAAUGGAGUACCUGAGCUACGUGUACGAGAAAAUCUUUGGGGGCGAACCGCCCACCGACGACACGCAAGGGGCUUUCCACACGCCUCGCAAGGUCAUCUGCUUCGGAAAUGUCCUGCUUGACCGACUGGUCAAACUCGAGGAUCCGCAACUCCUGGAGCGGUUCGGCCUGGAACUGGGCUCCAAGGGCGAACUGGACAUGGAGAAACUUAACCAGUUGGCCGCCGAAGCCUCAGAGAACUCUCAGUGCCUUACAAAUCCGGGCGGCUCUGCCCUCAACACUGCCCGCAUCCUGAAGCAACUGGGCACACAAGCGCUCUUCUUUGGUGCCGUUGGAACUGACAAACACGCCGAUGAACUGCGUCUGAUCCUUCGGGAGCGCGGCAUCGAGGCCAGGCUGCAGACCGUCGAGGAGGCGCACACUGGACAGUGCGUGUGUCUCGUGUAUAAGGACAAUCCCACAUUGUACGCCAACAUCGGGGCCUCGGCUCGGUUCGAGGUGCAGACGCUGAGUCACGCCGUCAGCCACGAGGGCCAGAGCUUCCUGCGACCCGUGGAACGGAAGCAGAUCCUGUAUGUGGAGGGCUUCUUUGUGCCGCAAAGGGGCGAGGUGUGCGACUAUAUAGUGCAGCACCUGGUGAGGGAGCGGCGGCGACUGGCCCUCAACCUCAGUGCCCCCUACAUAGUCCGGAAAAAUCCCCAAGCAAUGCUGAGGCUGGCCCGCGUUGCCUUCUUCGUGUUCGGAAACCGCCAGGAGUUCGAAGCGCUGGCCGAGGCGGCGGGAGGAUUCCGAAAUGUGGACGAGCUGGCCAAGCAUCUUCUCGAAUCCGGCACCAAGGUCAUCUUUGUCACCAACGGCAGUGCCGGCGUCCAGGUGAUCACCAACUACGUCGAGGAACUGGCUCCACCCGGUCCCGUUGGUUUCGAAGACUACAGAGCUCAGCGCGCGGAGCAGGUGGUGGAUGCCACUGGGGCUGGCGAUGCCUUUGUCGCCGGAUUCCUGCACGCCUGGCUGGAGAAGCGGUCGCUGGGCGAGUGCAUCCGCAUGGCCUCCAACGUGGCCGCCAAGGUCGUCACCCAGGUGGGCUGCAAUCUGCCCUAGUCCGACGACCUGCAUCGCAAUCUCAGAAAGCGCACUAUACAGCACCAAAGUAGAAUCAUAGCUUGUAAUUAUUCUCCUAAUCUUCACAAACUUAAAGCUUAGUUAAACACUUGGCCACAAGCAAUAAUUAUAGUCAUAUUUGACUAAAUAAAAGUGAUUUAUAUAUUGUCCAAUGAAAGAUAAGACAGAAAA